AGAGACGCUUCUCUCUAUUUUUUUUAAGACAGCGUGAAUGCGUUAUUAAACGACGGUCAUGUUCGGUAUUUGACCAAAGUUCACCCUCGGUUUGUCUUAUUUGCAAAGAUGGCGGCGAUCGUUAAUGCAGUGACAGAGCUACCAAAUCAAGAAUACAGUCUCGAUGUUACACUGAGUGACAACAGAGUAAUACACAACGUCAUGGUGGACAAAGAACUGAGAGAUCGUCUGGAACAAGGCGAUCCCCUUGCUUUUCAGGCUUUACAGUUGGCUGCAGAAACAAGUGAAAUGAUUGACGCAAGCAGUUACACAGAGGUGGAAACAACAACGACAACUGCAGUACCUGUAAGCCCCUCUAAUGAAAAGAGUAGGAAAAUGAGUGUAGAAACUUACAAAAGGCUUCAUGGAGAGAAAUCACCAGAGAAAUGGAAACGAGGUUGGAGUCAGUCAGCUGAGAAAACAUUGAUGUUGUUGUACAUUGAGUGCCGCGAAGAGGUCAAAAAAUGGGAAAAGAUUGCAGAACUUUUUGAAGAAAAGAUGCACGUUACGAAAACCAAACUGGAAUGCCGCCUCAAGAUAAAGACUUUGAAAAAUCGCUACAUCAAGCAGAAAAGACACAAUAGUACUCCGGGAAACCUGAUGAUACGCAUGGAUGAAUUAUUCGAGGAUGCGUUUGCGGAAGAAGUGGAAGAUGAAGAAAAGUCAAAGAGAGACAGCCCUAUAGAUGGCGCCAAGAAUACGAGGGGCGUGUACCAAGGUAACGUGAAGUGGAUGCAGUCCAUUGCGGGGGAGGAGCCCGAUGAUGAAACCAUCAUCGUGCCUGAUGAACCAGAAGAAGAGGAGGAAUUGAAGAGAGGUGCUUGGACGAACCGGUCCGAGCAAGCUCUUCUCCAGUGCUACGUCCGAUAUCGAGAUCACGCCAAGCAGAAAUGGCACAAGGUGGCGCUGGUAUACAACCGUCACGCCAAGAUCAAGAAGAGCUCAGAGGCGUGUCGACUGAAGGUCAAGAGUCUACACCACAAAUACAUGCGCGACAAGAGAAACAACGAAACUCCUGGAAAGUCGCUAAGAGAGAUCCAUUCUUACACUGAGGAAGUGUUCUCAGUGGAGGAUAAUUCUCUUUUUGAGAAGACACUAAAAGGGGACCCAGGCUCCUUUAACACUGAUGGCAGCGAUAUUGGAAGCCCGUCUGUUUGCUCGACUCCAGAGAGAGUGAAGAGAGUUUUCAAGAACCCAAGAAAACCAAAGCCAAAGAGGACGAAACUCACACAUGUAGGCGUUGAGAAUGACCACGGUGGCAGUGAGACCUUUGUUCAGUCAUUCACAGGAAGCGAAGUACGCCACAGUUCCGGUAACAUUGAUAAACUUAUCGACUUCUUAAGAGAGCAAGAGAAGAGGCAGAGUCUCGCCAGAGAGCAACACCACAUGGAAAAGAUGUCCAUCAUGAAAGAGUUAGUCGCAGCAAUCCGUGACUACAGCAGGUAGCUGACGUCAAGUUUUGGAAAACUCUCGGCAACGGGGGCCCAAUUUUAUAGAGCUGCUCGAGCUGACAAUAUUGCUUAAAGGCAGUGGACACUAUUGCUAAUUAC